AUGAAAAGAGCACUCAGAUUUGCACUGUCAACAGUGGCCUUUGCUGGCAUAUGGCUGAUUAUGCUUUUCCAUGCACAGAUUCUUCCUGGACUGGAACUCUCUCCAGCCGUUGAUUUGGUUAUCCCUGCAAUUCCACUCUGGCUACUUGUUACUUUUGGGUCAUAUUCUCUCGCCAAUCUUGGCUGGGCUCUCAUCAUAUUCGGAGACUGUCCUGCAGCACAAGUAUCGCUUCUCAAGGAGAUUCAAACAGCAAAAAUGGAUUUAAGAAGCCACGGAGUAUCGAUUGACUAG